UAUAUCAUUUUGCGCUCUUAAUACACAAAUAGCUAUAGUGAAUCCUUGUAUAAGGAAUCAACUGUACGACAACUUUACAAUUCGAACUUCAGUUUUACAUUAUUUACCUAUAUCAAGUAAUCAAUCGAAUUGAAGUAGGUGCCGAUACUGUGACCUAAUCCUAAUGCAAUAAUUUUGUAUUAUUGAUCAAACUCUCAACAAGAAGACAUGACAAGUGACGUCGAAGCUGCCAUGAAUCGCUUUGAAUAUUUUCGCAAAUGGAAUCAAGAAACGAUUGCAGAAUGUUGUUCGCUCUCCAAAAUUAAACGUUAUAAUGAAAAUAGUAUUAUAUUAGGUGACGGUUUUGGAUUAGCAAAUUACGUGUAUUUCGUGCUGAAUGGAAGGUGCAAAAUUGUAGAGGAACUAUACGUUGAGAACAUAAAAUCUCGGUACAAGCUUCUCAAACCAGACAGAGAUGUCCACCAGCAACAAGCAACAAACUCCACAAAAACGAAAAAUCUUCCACCAAAGGCUGAAAUGCACUUUAUGCAAGUUUGCAUACUGAAUCCGCUAUCAUGCUUCGGCUUUGGCGAAGCCAUGGAAGGCAGAAGAGUAAUUUCAACCGAACCGACUGAAUGUUUGCUGAUCCCUCACUACUGGUUAACUCAACAGACUUUGAACAACUUGUGGAAUAAGAUUGAUAUUUUUCUACGUAGACACAUACCGUCAACAAAAUAUGUGUUCCAUGAGUUUGUAAAUCAAAGAAAGUGGAAGAAGAAUCGGGAGAAUAUUUCCAGACAAAUUUUAUCAGCAAAGAAGGGUAGCAGCGGGAAUAAAGUAUCCAACGUUCCUUAUUUUUUGAGAAUUGGCAAAAAUAUAGAUAGCUAUUAA